CCGUGAUGUCUGCACACCAGGAUACAAGAUGAAAGCUUUCUGUGGUGCUAUUUAUUGUAGCAACAGGCCCUGGCAACAGUUAGAUGCCAUGGUGAUCAUGAAUAACCAAACUCCCAACGACAAGAGGAGAGCAUUUCUACUGCUUGGACUUGCAGAAGGAAGAAGCAGAUGGUCCCAUUUCACCAUGGGCUGCAAUACUUCUAACAGGGUCGCUGCAGCACAGCUGUCUCCUGAGGAGCUAGAGAACAACCACGAAGCCAGAAGCCAGACUACAAGUGAUGGCGCUGACAGAACGUGGGCUGCCACCUCACAGGAGGGGGCAGCUUGGACAGAGGGCACUUCAGAGAAUGGAAGCAAACCAGAAGCUGAAGCCAGUGAGGGAGGCUUUCCUGAGAAAUUAACAGAGAGAUUUACACCUUCUGAAAAAAGAAGCAACACACAAAGCACAGAUGCACUGCUCACCAGUGGGUUCAUCAGCAAAUCAUGGCCCUUACAAGAAACUGAGAGACAAAAAUCAUCAGACAUUAUUGAGGAGCUGAGGAGGCAGGGAAUAAUCAGGAGCUGAAGUACUGCUGCCAGGACUGGAGCAGCAUGUGAAAACAAGAGAGAUGCCCUGGAAAAGAUGCUGAAGAAACCACCAGCUAGGCUGGAAAAAAUGUGGUUUGGAAACAAGGAAGUGAGUGAUUUUACAGCAAACGACAUGAAGAUUGCUGAAGAAGAAAAACAGGUUAGGGAAGAGGAACUAAGCAGGAGACCACAACACACUGCAUUUUAUCCAGCAAUAGCCUACCAAACUACAGGUAAACUGACUGAGAAGGACUGACCAAGUUCUGGAAGUCAAGAAAGCACAGACACCCCUCAGCCAUCACCUUUCCAUGGUGAGAUAAGUGUACUGCUGCAGGAAAUAACUGCAGAAUAAACUACAAAUUAUUAUACUGAGGGCUCUACCAUUGAGUCUGAUACAACUUACAACUGUAUGAAUGAAACAAGCUGGAUCUAAACUAUCCUGCAAAAAAGGAACCUCUCUGUUCCCUGCUGCUGUUUAUCUUGGGGCUUAACUAGAUGAUUUAUCCUAGGGGAACAGCUGAGCCCUGUGGCUACCUAUUUCACCUUGGAAAAUUCCAAUUGCACAUUUUUACACACUAGUUGAAGGAAACAAAACAAAUAAGAAAAGGAAGAGGCAAAUUAGUGACCUGCCAGUCUCUAAGUUGGACCACAUAUAUACGAACACGGUUCUAUUACGCUUAUCUCUAGAAUUCCCUUUCUCUAGGGAGCAGGGAGCAAGAGUUUGGGAACGCAUUGUAAACAUAUAGAAAGACACAAAAGGAGGAGUGGGCAAGGAGGAAAAAAAGCUGCAAGAUUUGGGGUAGUAAAACACAGUAGAGAGCUAAGCAUAAGAACAAAGCGUUUUAACUUACUGUGCAGGCAGAGAUAUGAGAGCUUCAGACAUUAAGGCAACAACAGGCCACAGGAAUGUCUGUGUGUACAGGGCAAGGACAGGACAAAUACUGAAACUGCAGUGGAGAAAACAACUAACUGGCUGAGAUAUGCAAAGCACAGGUGAGUUAUCCAUAUGGACAGGAAGAAUGUGACCUGUCUCCAUGGGAAGGAGAGGACUGUUUCCAUAAUAGAGCGAUUAAUUUGGAAUCCCCCGUGCCCUACCUCCUAUACACAUGCAACGUUUAAUAUGGCCAGCUCUUCUAAAACCACUGUGUAACAGCAGUUGUUGCAUUUGUGCUUUGCCUGUUGCCAGCCCUACCAUCCCCUUCCAGUUCAUCUCUACACAUGCCCAGUCCUCACUUCCAUACCAUACUCAUGCCCAACCCCUCUGCUGGCUUUUUUAAUUCCUUACCUCCAACUAUUGAUGACACAUUCUUCCUUUCUGCCUUCCAAGCCAAGGAAAUUCAGUUAUAGUACAAGACCACUGUUCUCUUAGCAAAGUACUAUAGAAAAGAGAAAAAGAUAGCCUUUAUUUUUACAAUCCCAUAGUGGUUCUCCCUAUUUCUCUCAAGAAAAUGAAUAAAUAAAUUAGACUUGUGCUAAAUGAUUAAAGGUAGGAAAAAGAGCUUAUCUCAUUUCUCAAGCAGCUGGGAUCUCACCUGAGAAGCAGAGUGAGUAAGCCCAUCAGGAAGAGACCGGUGCUUCAGCCCUGGCCACACUGGUUGUUUUUUAGAAAAAAAUGGUACACAGUAGCAAAUAGAAAAGCAAAACUGAAAAUUACCCUGUGUUGCCUGGAAAGAACUGUAAAAAUACUGAAGAAAAAUGAACUUAGGAAAAAGAAGAACUUUUGUCAGCUGGCUUGAAAUUAUCCAACAACAAGAAGGAGAUUGAGGAUAUAUUUUCACCACACAGUUAACCAAUGCUGUUCACUGAAUUUUCUCUCAGAUACUUUAAGCUACGGCUGCCUAGCCAGGCCUGGAAUAAAAAUAUGUGCGUCUAUGUGUACAUAUAUCCACACAGACUGUUCUACUGAGCUAAUGUGCCUCCAUUUUAGUGAAGGUAAACACACUAAAGCACUAGUAGUUGCCCAAAGCCUUCCCAUGGUUUCAGAAGGACAAACAGUUGUCUCUCUCCACCCAAUGUCCUUUCUUCCACUGUUUCCCAGGUGAGGAUUUUAGCUCCCUGCGGCACAAAAGGCCUUGUGACAUAGAGAGAGAAGCACAUCAGCAGGCAAGGUGCCUUUCUGCACUAUGACCACCUGUGGGCUCCUGCAUGGCUCAGCUGUGUCAGACAUGCUGGUCUCCCACAUCAACCACCCAGCAAGGACACCCUGAGAAAAGCAACGGUAAACAGCAGAGCUUCUCAAGGUGUCAUUGCUAGCAGCAGUCUACUUAGAAAAUCAUUUUAAAAUGAAGUUCAAAUCUCUCUGCCAGUGAAUGUUGGACUUGUCCCUUGAUGCACAAUAACAAAACAGGGAGAACAAAACUACGUUUCUGAGCAAAGGAGCGGUCUGCUGUUCUGCCUGCAUCCAGAGGAACGGGAUGUUGUGACUGUUCCUGUGAAUAAAGCUACACUGGACCAUG